CAACCUCAUAAGCUUAACACCCUGCUCUGUCCUCUUCCUACGUUCCUUCCUCUGUUUUUUCAGUCCAGACAAACAGUUGAUUGGCAAGACUGGGAUUUAGUUUUAAUGUUAGUUGGAGAUACUGACUUUAUUAUGACUGAUUUCAGUUUUCUUGAAUCAAUUCAGCGACAGUUAAUGGAUGAUUUCGAAGCUCCGGCGGAAAAUGAGCAAGCUCUGAACCGGACCACCAGCUCCAGUUCAGGCUCGAUUCCUCGUUUGGAUGAGAAUUGGGUGGGAUGGGCGAUUCCGGAAUUUAAUAAUUCUGCCCAGAAUCACUUUAACGUAGAUUCCGGCUCGCCCGAGGAUGCCAUCGUCAAGAAAGAACCGUUCACGUGUUUUCAAGAUUCUCCGGUGAUGUUGGAUUUCACGGCGCCUCCGCCUGAUGUUGUAACAGAGAGCACGGUGGAUUUGGCGGCGCCUCCAUCGCCAAUGCCGCAGACGCGCUACAGGGGCGUGAGGCGGCGGCCGUGGGGGAAGUUCGCGGCGGAGAUAAGGGACCCGGCGAAGAACGGCGCCCGGGUGUGGCUGGGGACAUAUGAGAAGGCGGAGGAUGCGGCGCUAGCGUAUGACAGGGCAGCAUUCCGCAUGCGCGGGUCGCGGGCCUUGCUGAAUUUCCCGCUGAGGAUCAAUUCCGGUGAACCGGAGCCCGUAAGGAUCACGUCGAAGAAGAGGCCGGCGUCGCCGGUGGGUUCCUCUAUAUCUUCAGCACCGCCGGAAAAUUUCUCUUGUAAAAGCAAGAAGAACGUUGCUCGUGCCGUUGACCAGGACGUAUUACAUAGGAAUGGUUGGUAGGUUCCCAUUGACCUGUGCUGCUGUGCGGUUGACUAUAAGACUAUUACUCUUUUACUCGUGAUCAUCUCAUUGGGAAAUAGAUCUCCCUAGAAUAUGAAAAAUGAAAAUGAUGCAAAUUAUUUUAUUUGGCUAAUACUUUGUACAUUGUUAAGGGCCGGUUUUGACAUGUAAUAUAACGG